GCACGCCCCCGGCUUUCACAAAAGCCGGCAUCAUUUCUGAGGAGCCGCAGGGCAACGAGACUGACUGUGACAAUGAUGACAAGAUGAGGACUUUGAUGGAUUUGUGGAUGAGGAUUGAUCAAAAAAUAACUUAAGCACACACAGAUGUUGCGCAAAGUCCACCCCCACAGCCGCCCCCUCACCCCAUUGGCUGUGUGCUUGUUUUGGCCGAGCGGCCCAUCACUCCACCCUGCUGUGAGCUACUGUUGCUUCUUUAUGUCCUUUGCUUCCUUCGCGAUGGCGUCAGCACACGACAGAGCGGUCCUGCAGGCCAUCUUCAGCCCCACCACCCCCUUUGGAGAUGUCCCCGGCCUGAACCAGGAGCAGGACUUGAGGGAUGACGACAGUUCCUUUGACGCCGACUCUCUGAGGCAAGUAAAGGACUUGGAGGAACGCGGCGUCUUGGCGGCCGAGACCGGGGACUUGCAGGAGGCUCUUCGGAUGUUCUGCCGAGCCAUUCGGGUCCUUCCUCAGCGAGCGUCUGCCUACAACAACCGGGCACAGGUGCUACGACUGCAGGGCAACACGGCAGGAGCGCUGGAGGACCUGGACAGCGCCAUCUCCCUGAGCGGGGGCCGAGGACGGACGGCCUGCCAGGCGCUGGUGCAGCGAGGCCUCCUGCGCAGGCUGGCGCGGCAGGAUGACGAGGCCCGGGCGGACUUCCAGAAGGCGGCGGCCCUGGGGAGCGAGUUUGCCCGGCAGCAGGCGGUGAUGUUGAAUCCUUACGCGGCGCUUUGCAACAAGAUGCUGUCCGAGGUCAUCGACAAGCUGCGCAACCCUCAGGCGUCUGCAACACGCGCUGCAGAUGACCUGUGACCUCAUCCCAUCAAUAAACUAACAUUUUAUUUACAAGUACAAUGUCAUCAUAAAAACUAUCAUGGCCAUCUUCACUCAGUAUGUUCGGGCAAUUUAACGUUUUACCAGCAGGUGGCAGUGUCAGGCAACCUGAGAGAUGCACAUCUUAUUUUAAUUACAUGUAUUCAUUUGAAUUAUCAUCAUUUUAUUAUUACUUGAAUAAAUACUUCAUUCAUCAUUUUUUAUUUAAUUAAUUAAGUCAAAUAUUUUAUUUUUUAGAAUUUAUGUAUAUUAUGUGUCCAGACUGUAGGAACAACACAAAGAUAAUCAUCCUCAUAUUCAUCAUUUACCAAUAUGAUUACUAUUGUGGUUGUAAUUGACAAUUGUGCAUAACAGCAUCUCAUCAUAAAGUUUUUAUUUAAUUUUAUAUUUAUUCAAUGUAUGUUUUAUUUAUAUUUAUUGA